CCAAAUGUUUGACUUGGCCCCAAUCCAGAGUGGGGCACUUGACUGCUCUUGCGCACGGCACAAAUUGCACCUUUUGCUAGAUAAGAAAAUUUAAGCUAUACCCGCGUCGAUGUUGUUUUGGCCUGGGCGCAUGAACUUUUGAAGCACACCCAUACUAUUCAUUCAACGACGCUCCCCUCAUUUAUUUGCCAAAAUGGCCAAACCGAACACAAAAAGCACCCUUACCAAGGAUGAGAGACAAUUGAUUCACUAUCAAAGGCACACUGACGCCAGAGACAAGCGGCUCGUGAUUGAUGCUGCAGAUCCGGUGGUGUUUUUCGGUCCAUAUCCUGGAAUCGUCGUACCAGCAGGACACCAGGAGCCAUACGACAGAAGUAGGCUGCUGGAGAAUAUGCGAGGGAAGCAGGAGACUAGGCAGCAAUCGGGCGUCGGCAAGACCUCAAUCGGACACCGAGUACUUGUGGCCGAGAAGGACGCGUUCAAGGCCCACGUCGCUGUGUACGACCAAACCGUACACAACAAGCGCGACGAGGACUGGUACGACGAGUUGGGGGUAGAUGACAGAGUCACGGAGGUAGUUGGCAACAGUUUCAUCCGCCCGAACUACCAGUACAACCCCGGACUGGAAAGCCGCAAGGAGAUCAAUUGGUGGAGAUGGCCGCGCUAAGACAUCGAGUUAGUUGACUGGAGCUGAGCAGUACGACCACCAGUUAAUUUCAGACCCAAGCAAGGUCUUGAAAUGUCCAAGAAUAAACACAGAGAUGGCGCUAGAGAAAGAGCACGUGUGAUAAUGGCAGCAUUCGAGGCUACGGGACAACUGCCAGCAGAUAAGCCAUUGAACUCUCGCGCCAAGAGAGCCCUCAAGCGAAAAGGGCUGUUUCCGAACCCACCGGCGGAGACAUCAUUGUUGGCCUUAGGAAGUGCAAAUCGAGACCCUCGAGUUGAAGACCAAGAGGAGCACGAUGGCUGGAAGUCAGCAGAACACCUUCGAGCCCUCAACCGUAACCGACAGGCAAGAUUGGACGUCAACAAGCAAUACCCAGACCGUCCAUAUGUCAUGAACGCCUGGAACUUCAAUGAAACAGACGAAGGCUUGAAGAAGU